AUGUUCCUUCUUACAUUCGUCUCCUUUUUCCUCUGCUGCGCUGCUUCUCCUACUACGAGCUUCACCACUCUCUCCUUCAACGACACCGUUGUUGACACGCACCGAGGCCUGGACAAACGCAGUCCUGGAGGUAUUUUUAUCACCACAGACAUCAACUGGGGAGGGACCACCGGCUAUGCCAUUCAGCCUUUCGACGUGUGCAUCCGGCUUGAUCCGCCAUGGUACCACACCAUCUCCUCGUUCGGCCCGGACCAAGGCAACGCCGCAGUGAUAUAUGAGGACUAUGACUGCAGCGUCCUUGGCCCAACUAUUAACUACCCUGGCUACGGUAACCUUCUGGAUAUCGGAUGGAACGACAGGAUUGGCAGCUUCAUUGUGAAAGCAGUCUAA